AUGAAUGCUCAAGAAAUUCAAGCUGUGCUGAUGAUAGUUGUGGCUUUUUUAUUGUUUUUGCCCACUAUCCAGCCUCCUCUUCUAAGUUUGUCAUUGAAACAACGAAUGUUUCCCAAUUUCCAUGGCUCSAAUUUUUGUGGUCGAGAUGUGUUCAAGCUUAUUUCUGGACAGCCCUGGUUAUUCUGGCGCAACACGGGUGAAACGCCGUGUUCUUUUUGGAGACUAGCAAAUGAUCUUCUGCCUUCCUUGUCACAACUAAAUAUGGAUGGAGGACAACGAAUUCGACAACGUCGUCAAAAACUUGGAUUAAUAAAUCAAGUGUUGUUAGUAAUGAUUUGGCUGAGGAAAUAUCCCCAUUCGGAUUUGUUGUCUCUGUGGUUCGACAUCGAUCCAUCGUCUGUUGUUCGAACUAUUCAUAGAGUUUUACCACUUCUUUGGCAGUACUUCCGUAAUCAAAUCGUGUGGCCUAAUCCACUGGCAUGGAAUAAUAUGAUGGGUAGCUGGCCAGAAUUCCCAAAUGUAGUUGGUGCAAUAUAUAGUUCGCCACAUGAAUUUUAUCGUCCGUCUACGGAACGUUCACAACUGUAUUACAGUGUACACAGACAUUACCAUUGCAUGAACACACAAAUGAUUAUUGACAAUGAAGGGCGUAUUAGAUUUUUGCAGUCUGGUUUUCUGGGUAGCACGCACGAUGCCUUAUCAUUUAGACUCAUGGGACCAAUAGGAGCACUACCCGCUAAUGCAAAGUUGCUGGCAGACAGAGGAUAUCCUGAUGGUGGUUUCUUGUUAACGCCAGUUAGAGCGAACCAGCUUCGCAAAGAUAUCAAAACAUUCAAGGCAGUUGGACAGCUUUGGCGUCAUCCUCGCUGGCUUAUGCCAGCAUGUGUUGAGCAUUUCUUUCAGRAAGACGAGCUCAGGUUUUUCAGAGCUAUUUAG